CACGCAGGAGCAAAGCAGCACUAGGGUGAGAUGAUGCUUGCAUAAGGAUAUCAUCUGGAGCUCCACGUUCUCGGAUACAUCUUGGUAGACUUUUGAUUUUUGAAACUCGACUCAGGUGAAGGAGCUGGAAGACGCCGUCGCCUUGUCACCAUGACGAUUUCCCGCUCAGCCUGCUGUACUGACAAUUUGUCAGACUUGGAUUAAGUGUUUUGCAGGUUUAAGGAGUUCUGGAGAACCUCGAGCCCAAACCGUGCCAAUCCUGCAGCUUGAAGGAAAUCAGGAGAGCUGUGCGACUUGGACGAUGGCCAGUGUGCGCCGUUCGGGACUGGAGUCGGAUUCUCAGGAAUUUCCCCAGGCUUCGUCCGAGGCUGCACGGCUGCUGCACGGGAUUCACCUGAACAGGUGUGAUGCACGGCCUGCAGGGACGCAGCUGCUCUGAAGUGCAGUUGGCAUGCCCCUGACCAUGAUGAGCUCCAGAGAGGAAGAAGCACUGCGUUUUUUCCAGUACGUCGAAGACAGCGGCCUGAGGGCGUACAGCGGAAUAGUGACUCGUGACCUGGUGUGGAAUGAGAAAAGCAGGAUUGCGCCGGAGAAGAACGACAAGAAGAGAAAGCAGGAGGAGGUCGCUAAAAGGACAAGUGAGGAGGUGGCCGUAGAGGGCAAACACCUGCGCAUGGGAUCUACAACCAUGUCGGAGCAGCAGCAGUUUUCCGUUCGCUCUCAGUCUCUUAACUCUGUAGGAGGAGUUGAGGAUGACGAAGGCAGCCCGAACUCACGUAAACAACCUCCACCCAAACCGCGCCGUGACCCCAACACCAAACUCAGCACCUCCUCUGAAGCCGUGGACCACAGCGCCACCACCUGCAAGGGAGGACACUCGCACAAGUGGGAUGUGACUCAGGGCUGCAGCGAGGAGUGUAGACGAGUUCCACCUCCAAAGCCCAAGAGGAAUCCCAACACACAGCUGAGCACUUCGUUUGAUGAGUCCUACAUCCUGAACCCGAAAGACUCUCCCCCAAUGGCUCCUUCUCCCAUUUCCCCUGUUUCUCCUCUACAACCUCAGAGCCCAAAGCAGGACUCAGAGUCAGAGGAACCCGUUUAUAUCGAGAUGUCAGGGAACACAGUGCGAGAUACGUCCUCUCGCGCCGAGCCUGAGGAACCGGGUGAGGCAGUCUACGAGGAGAUGAAGUACCCCACUUUUGAUGACUUUGAUUCGCGCUGGGAUCUUAUGGGGUACCGCUCUCAGUGCAUCACACCAUGUCCAUCUGAUAUGGAUAUCCAUGCUGCCAUGAACUACACCCAAACUCCUCGUAGUGCAUCCCAUUGUGACAUCCCUGCCCCGUUCCCCAACCUACUAACACACCGUCCACCUUUGCUGGUCUUCCCACCAGUGCCUGCGCAGUGUUCGCCUAAUUCCGACGAAUCCCCACUCACACCAGUGGACGUGACCAAGCUGGCCAUGUUAGAGAACGCAGCCUACUCAAAGUCUCCCUCGUCCUCCUCAUCCUCAAUGGAGCCCCUUAGUUCUGCCUCAUCCUCUCACCUCAGACGGGCUGAGAGGGAACUCACAGCCACACCCACUAUCACAGUCUCAGGUCGCUCUUCGGCACCACCGUUGCCAUGCGCUCUCUACAGGGGCUCCUCAAACUCUGCAGGGGCCCAGCGGAGCCACUCGGCAUGCCCAUCUCCGGUCAGCAUGGGCCGCUGCCUCACGCCACUCAGCCUCAUGAGGGCCCCAACUUUUGAAGGGUCCUUUAGCGGAGCUGCAUUGCCACGACACCACAGCUCGACGCAGAACGUUGCGGCAGGACGUUCACGGACUCCCACCAGCCCUCUGGAUGAACUCACCAACUUGUUCACAAGUGGCAGGAAUAUGCUGAAGAAGAGCUCUAGCGGCCGGAAGAGCAAAGAACCCUCUGAGAGUGAAGCCAAAGGGAAGGGCCAUGGUUCCGAAUCCAAAAGGGAGCAUAAGGAGAGGAGCCAUCACAACAAGGAGUCCAAAAGGGACAAGGACCGCAGCGGGAAAUCCUCGCAUCGACGUGAAAGCAAAGAUCGAGAGCCUGGUGGCAUUGAGGCCUUACAGAGACGUGACAGCAAAGACAGAACUGGCAGCAAUUCAGAACCAAUAGUGAGACGUGAUAGCAAGGACAGGGGCAGCAAUGUGGAGCCAGUACCGAGGCGCAACAGCAAGGACAGGGGCAGCAAUGUGGAGCUAGUUUCAAUGCGCAACAGCAAAGACAAGGGCAGCAAUGUGGAGGCAGGGUCCAGGCGCAACAGCAAGGACAAGGGCAGCAAUGUAGAGCCAAUAGUUAGGCGAAAUAGCAAGGACAAGAACACCAAUGUUGAGCCAAUAGUGAGGCGAAACAGUAAAGACAAGUUCUGUAGUGGUCCAGAGCUACUUCCAAAACAGGGCAGCAAAGACCGGGGGUGCAGCACCAGUGAGCCCAUAGUGAGGCAUGACAGCAAAGAAUGGAUCAGUAACAAUAUCGAACCUAUACCUAGACAUGACAGCAGGGACAGGAUCUGCAAUGGCUUGGAGCACAUGCUCCGACAAGACAGCAGAGACCUUUUGAGGAAUGGUCUUGAACGACAUGAUAGCAGAGACAGAAGUGGUUAUGGGCAAGACUUGGUAAUCAGGCACAGUAGUAAGGAUCAGGGAAGAACUGGUCCGGAGGCUCGGCGCAACAGCAAAGAAGGAAGAAAGAACAGUGUGGAUAUUCUUCAGGGUAACAGCAACAUAGCAGAUUCUGGAUGGGACUCUAAGGAAUGGGUGAGUAAUGGGACAGAUGUUGUAAAUAAGAGAGACUACAAAGAUAAAGGAAUACACUUGACAGAACCCCAUCACAAGAGUAAGGACAAGAGCAGCUAUGGUACAGAAUCCCCUAAAGCACAUGACUGGGAUGCAAGGUCUGGACCUCCAUCCGGUUUGUCCAGCCGGAGCAGACGAUCACCUGUUAGUCCUACCACAAUGAUGGGGAAUUCUGAUUUAAAGAUGGUCCCAAAGGUAGCCCAGUUCCUGUAUGCACCAAUUGCACCUUCUCCAUUAGGGACACCACAGAGACGACCUUCUGAGGCCCAAGAGAUGCCGCCCUUCCCCUGGCUAUGUGGCGACAGCACCAUGAUGGAGACAAUUGAAAGGAAACAGCGUUUGUGCCGUGAGAUCCGGUCCCGUCAGCAGCCUGCUGAACGGAGCCAGAUGGAAAGCAUGCCCAGCUGCAAGAAAGCCAACGGGCAAAAGAAAUACGGCCCACCCCCUUAUUCUACUCAGACUACCGUCUUUUGGGACACUGCAAUCUGAUUGGUCGCUUAGCACUUCAGGAUUUAGCUUUGCUCCCCCCACGGUCACCAGGACAAGGGGAGCACCCAUUCAUCCCCUUCACUGUUUCUGCUAAAAUACAGGCAAUGGGAUUAACCUAGCAAUAUUUCUGAGCGUGCCGAUCGUCAGGUUUUUGUAUUAUCCUUUAUCUAAUAUUUUUGUAUUGUGAUUCCUUGUAAAUGGAACCUAGCAUUAACAGAUAUUUUCUAAAUAAAAUGGAAUAUCUUUGCAAAGAUUAUGUAAAGUUAGCACAAAACAGUUUGUUCUUUUUUACUUUUUGCCUUUUUUUUUUUUUUUACACUGUAACGCAAACUAAAAAAUGCAACCAUUAACUUUCACAGGCCUUUAUAGUUCAGACCUCUCAAAAUGUAUGUGGUAUAUUGCCAUAUAAAAAUAGAAAAGUGUAUUUUCACAGUGGAUGUGAAAUCGGAGUAGGGCUAGCUUCCUUUUCGCUGCCUUGCCACACUAUGGAUUUGAUAGAAAUGUGCAAUUAAUGGCUAUCAGUUUUAUUUAAAAGUUGAUGAGAUUUUUAUUUAUUAUUUAUGUUUUUAUGCGAGCUUUGGAUUUAGAAUGCAAGUCAAAAUCGAAGGUUUUGUAUGCUGGGUAAGCAUGAUUGAAUUCAAUGUACAAACGUGGCACAGCACAAGGGCAACCAGUGCGAGUUUAUGAAAGGCUAAUGGAAGAUAAG